CGAACCCAUAAAAGGAAGAGCAAGCCCCUUCUUUCGCUCUGUUUAAAGACGUUCCUAUGCUCUGUUGACAAACAUCGUCAGACAUAAGCAAAAGCUCAAAGAAAGCAUCUUCGUCUUCUUCCCCUGUACAGCAUCCUUACUGCUCAUUGAUUAAGGUUUCUUUUUUCCACCUGCUGGAAAACGCAGGACCUCUUAUGUUGUUCCCUUUGUCUGCCAUUCUCUCUUCCAUGGAACUACAAUUAUGACAAUGGGUGACGCCGAGUCCUUUGCAGCAUUCCCAUUUGAUAGAGCUGUCGAACAGGCAAUUGUAUCUAUAAAGAAAGGUGCAUACUUACUGAAGUGUGGACAUAGAGGAAAACCCAAGCUCUGCCUUUUUAGACUUUCUCCAGAUGAGAAAACUUUGAUUUGGUGUUCUGGGCAAAAAGAAAAGCAUUUGCAACUGAGUGAAGUCACAAGAAUUGUUCAAGAGCAGGGAAAUAUAAGGUCCCAGAGACAAAGCCAACCUGAAAAAGACUGCCAUUCAUUUUCACUAAUCUAUGCAAAUGGUGAACGCUCACUUGAUUUGAUAUGCAAGGACAAAGCACAGGCUACCUCUUGGUUAGUGGGAUUGAGAGCUGUGAUGUCUAGGCCACAGCAUUCAAGACCGUUAAGUAGUUUAAGAACCCGUAAAGGAGUGCAGAGUUGUGUAAAUAGUCCAGCUGGGAUAUUUCGGAGAAAGAAAAAUCUUGGUCUCCUGCAGGAGACUGUUGAAUUUUCUCAGGUACAAAGCUUACAUGCGAGUCCUAAUUUCUCACUUUCAGAAAGAUGCUUUUCUGAGGGCUUAUCGGAUGCAUCUGAUAGUAUUUAUUCUUUAGAGUCUUUCCCGUACAAUUCUAGGAGCACAAUGGAUAUUACAGUCCCAGGUUCUGCACAUGAUGAUCCAGAUUUUGUCAAUAAAAAUGGUUCAAUAUAUGCUGACACAGGGUAUGCGAAGAAUUCAUCCUAUAGGCGUCUGCCUCCUCCUACUUCUUCUCAUGUAGGAAAAAACAAUAUAUUGAAGGAUGUCAUGGUAUGGGGUGAAGGGAUAGUAGGAGGUGGUAAUAACAGGUCUGUAAAUCAGCAUAAUGGUCAUAGUACGUUGCCAAAGUUACUGGAAUCCACCAUGAUGCUUGAUGUACAAAAUAUAGCUUUAGGAGGAAAGCAUGCUGUCUUAGUCACCAAACAAGGGGAAGUGUUCUGCUGGGGUCAAGGGAAAGAGGGAAGGCUGGGGCACAAAAUUGACAUUGAUGUUAGCUCUCCCAAAAUUGUUGAUUCUCUUAAUGGGAUCCAUGUAAAGUCUGUUGCCUGUGGUGAGUAUCAUACAUGUGCUCUGACAGACACUGGUGUAGUAUAUACAUGGGGAAAUGAUUGUGGUUGUACAGAUUCUGUAGGUUAUGCCAAAAGUAGAAGUCAGUGGAUACCACAUAAACUUUCGGGACCUCUGGAUGGAAUUCGUAUUUUUAGUAUUGCUUGUGGGGAAUGGCAUACUGCAAUUGUCUCUUGCUGUGGAAGACUAUUUACAUAUGGAGAUGGUACUUUUGGAAUUCUAGGGCAUGGCAAUCUUCAGAGCAUUUCUCAACCAAAAGAAGUUGAGUCUCUUAAAGGUAAGCGAGUGAGGUCUGUUGCUUGUGGAUCAUGGCACACGGCAGCUAUUGUAGAAAUCAUGACUGCCCGAUGUAGAUACAGCACUUGUAAGCUAUUUACCUGGGGUGAUGGAGAUGGUGGGCGGCUCGGACAUGCGGAUAAUGGAAGGAAGCUUUUACCAACAUGUGUUACACAACUUGUGGAUUAUGACUUUGUUCAAGUAUCUUGUGGAAGAGUGUUGACUGUGGCACUUACUAACUUGGGUAAAGUUUUUACCAUGGGAAGUGAGGUGCAUGGACAGCUAGGAAACUCUCAUGCUAAGGAUAAGACCGUGACUCUUGUCCAAGGACACUUGAAACAGGAGUUUGUUAAGCAGAUAUCAUGUGGUUCAUAUCAUGUAGCUGUGUUGACAUCUGCAGGCAGUGUCUAUACAUGGGGCAAGGGAACACAUGGGCAGUUAGGGUUGGGUGAUACUAAAGACAGAUACUCACCUUCUUUUGUUGAGGCUCUAAAAGAUAGGCAGAUAGAGAGUAUUGCAUGUGGGUCAUGCUUCACAGCUGCAAUUUGUUUACACAAAGCUGUUUCUAUUGCUGGCCAGUCAGCUUGUAGCAGCUGUGAGCUUCCAUUUGGGUUCAGAAGAAAGAAGCAUAACUGCUAUAACUGCGGUCUUCUCUUUUGUAAUUCAUGUAGCACUAACAAAGUUACAAAUGCAUCUCUAGCCCCGAGUAGGAACAAGGCUUUUCGGGUUUGUGAUCAGUGCUUUCAUAAAUGCCAAGGAAUUGCUCAAUCACCUAAGGUAUCGAAGUUGCAAAGUUGUACCACUAUGCAGCAACUGAAGCGCCGGAAUAGAUUUCCUGAUCUGACAGAAGAUGGAGGGGAAACAGCAGUAUCACCAGGUCCUCUGUCAUCUUUCAGUCAAUCAUGCUACAUGAAAAACAUGCCUAGCGGAAGGAAGGACUGGAAAAAUCAACAAGAAGGCCAGAAACAUGUAGAAAACUUUUCUUCAGUGUUGGGUGGGAUGCCACAAUGGGGGAAAGUUUCCUGCCCUGAUAUAUUUAAAACAAACUGUACAGAAAAUUCUUUCAUGCACGUUUCUUCAUUGAAAAAUAAAUUAGCUUCUUCUAAUCCGUUGAGACUAGAAUCUACAGUAUCCAGGAUCCCUAAUGGAGAGAAAGAUAUGCCAAAGUCUGAGAAAGUACUUGUAGAAGAAGUUCAGAGGCUGAGAGCUAUGGCUGGGAAGCUUGAAGAGAAAUGUAAGCUCCAAAACUGCAUAAUACAAGAAUGUCAACAAAAGAUUGAGAAGAGUAUGUCGCAGGCGAAGGAGGAAGCUGCUAAAUGCAGGGCAGCAAAAGAGGUCAUAAAAGUUUUGACGUCAAAACUUCAAACAAAAUCAGAAAAAGCCGAUGCUGUACAAGAAGGAAAGGUUGGGGUAAACGAAUGUGUGCCUUAUCUUUCAUCCGUGCUCACGGAUGUUGAUACUCCAAAAGAUUGCAACUUAGACAUUCAAUCUGACUCUCCUAUAGUAUUCUCUGACAAAUUAAGAUCCAAAUUUGGUAGAAGCAAAAUCUUCCAAGGUGGUAAAUCCAGGGAGGAUUCUCUAGCCAGUGGAGUGCAGUCUCAGCUAGAUGGUAAGAAAGGAUCAAAUGAUGAAUGGAUAGAACAGUACGAUCCCGGUGUGUACAUCACUCUCACUUCCUUACCAUGUGGCCAAAUUGGCCUUAAAAGAGUCAGAUUCAGCCGGAAACGAUUCUCUGAAAAAGAAGCAGAGCAGUGGUGGGAAGAGAAUCAAGCAAGAGUGUGCCGUGAUUAUGGGAUCGAAGGAUACACUAACAGCAGCCAAAAGCAAGUGUAAUAACUAAUAAGCCCUAGUUUCUAUACUUAGUCUUUCAUCUCUCCCAGUGCUUUUCUAUACAACACUGGGUAGGUGAUGAUGUUAGGGAGCCUAGUCUCUAACUGAUAGCCUGACUGCAACAACAUGAUUAGAUCUCUUUGUAUCUAAGAAUCUUUUUCUUUUUCUUUCUUCUCUCACAGAGAAUGUAUGAAUCCAGAUCUCAACCUUGGAUUCAUAGAUUGAAAUACCAGUCAUGUUAGAGGAAGACGCAUGAUAGGUUUCUUAAUGUCUUUUUCUUCUUUAGUCGAUACUAUAAAGCUUUUCUCG